AACGGUUGAGCAAGCUGCUGUUCUGAAUCGGUUCAUUAAAACGAUUCGUGAGUGCCAAUUUGUGUAAUUAUGAGCGAGUCAUUAUUCGAUUCGUUAAAAUCUGUUUGUCGUGCUCGACCGAAACAAAUCUGCUUUGUUCAAAUUUUCUUGUCCACAAGAUUUUAGCCCUGAUUUUCCACUCACCGGCAGUUAAUGGCGAUCGCAAAAAGAUGAAAAUCUGAGACUUUUCCAUGGACAUGGGAAAACUGGGAGAGACUUAAGGGAACGAGUCGAAAACUGCGAAUGCGCUGCGCAUCAUCCAGCGCUCGCGCUCCCUCACUUCAGCACUCGCGUUUCUCAAGAGCGCGUCUUCUGUCCUUCUCCGCUCACCCGGACGCGUCAUUGAACGCCAGCAUCAUUCUAGGUAGAGCGAGACGUACAGAGGCAAGAGGAGGAGAGGAAUACGAACACUUCGCGUAGAUAGAAGCCCGAGACAAGGUCGACUGAGUCUUACGAUCCGUUUUGCGUGUCUCCAGACGCGGGCGCGUGUGUUUUGCGCUGUCUCCACGCGUCGGAUUCCAGGGGUCUUAAAUCUGGAGGCGAGGACCCGGGGAUGAGCCUGCUGUCGAGGGGCUUCGGCAUGUCGGGCUGGGGGCUCAGUGGGGUUCUGAUGCUGCUCGCGCUCUGGAGGCCCGGUACCGCUUGUCCGGAGCCCUGCACGUGCACGGGCGUUCGGAUCUCGUGCGUGGAUGCGGAGCGCAGUAUUGUGGCUUUUCCAAUGCUGCAGUCCGAGGCAGAGAUGGAGAACAUCACAGACAUAUACAUUGCAAAUCAAAUCAGUUUCACAUCCAUUAAUGAAAAAGAUCUCAACUUAUACCGCAGCCUCAGAAACUUAACUGUAACAAACACACGGCUCACGUAUAUUUCGAGGCAGGCCUUUCAGAGCAACCUGAAACUACAAUAUCUGAAUCUCAAAGAGAACAAUCUGUCGUAUCUAUCCUGGAGGACGUUUCAUCACUUAAACAUUUCAUACCUGUUGCUGGCAGGCAAUCCUUUGCAGUGCUCAUGUGAAAACGUGUGGUUGAAGCAGUGGAGAGGAGAGGAAGCCGAGGAGCUGCUGUGUGUGGAGGAGGGAGGAAAGAGGAGGGCUCUGUCUAUGCUCACACUGCCUAACUGUGUCCUCCCCACUGUGACUCUCACUCCCACUAAAGUGACCAUGAAGAAAGGGUUAAAUGUGACGCUGAUGUGCAACACCUCAGGAACGCCCACGCCUAGUCUCAACUGGAACACCUGCAAAUUAAAUUCAGCAUACGAGCAAGAACGCUCAGGUCAGAUGUUAGCGCUUAAGCUCUUGAAUGUCUCUUCACUGGACAACGGAUGCAAAAUCACCUGCAGAUCUGAUAACAUGGUGGGAGAGUCUGAGGCAUCUGUGCAUCUGGACAUACUGUUUCCACCUGUAAUCAGCAAGCUGAUGGAUGCUGUCUCAGACCACCAUUGGUGCAUUCCCUUCAGCGUGUCGGGCAACCCAGAGCCCAAACUGAGCUGGCUAUUAGAAGACAAACCCGUAGAAGAGGGCAGCUUUAUCCAUACCAUGAUCCACGAUUAUUCAGAGGGUGAAUACCAUGGUUGCUUACAGCUGGACAGUCCCACACACAUCAACAAUGGAAAGUACACGCUGCUGGCCAGUAAUGCAUACGGAGAGGACAGCAAGGCAGUAUCCGCUCAUUUCAUGCAUGAGCCAUGGAACGAAUCAGUUACUGAUCCACAGUAUUAUGAUCCCACAACAGAUGACACUCCUCUUGGACCGCCUGAGGACAAAGUUGCUGUGUACGUGGUCGUGGGAAUUGCAGCAAUCACAUUCACAGGCUUCAUCUUGAUGCUUGUCAUUCUGAAGUUUGGACGCAACUCAAAGUUUGGAAUAAAAGGUCCUUCCUCAGUCAUCAGUAAUGACGAUGACUCUGCCAGCCCUCUUCAUCAUGUGUCCAACGGCUCUAACACACCCUCGUCCUCUGACAUGAACGCGGACGCCGUCAUCAUUGGCAUGACCAAGAUUCCCGUCAUAGAGAACCCGCAGUACUUCCGCAGCACCAGCAGUCUGCUCAAAUCGGAUACCUUUGUUCAGCACAUUAAGAGGCACAACAUUGUACUGAAGAGGGAACUUGGAGAAGGAGCUUUUGGGAAAGUCUUCCUGGCCGAAUGCUACAAUCUGUCCACAGACCAGGAGAAGAUCUUAGUGGCUGUUAAGACACUGAAAGAGGCCAGCGAGAACGCCAGGAAGGACUUCCAUCGUGAAGCCGAGUUGUUGACCAAUCUGCAGCACGAGCAUAUUGUCACAUUCUACGGAGUGUGUGUGGAGAGCGAUCCGCUUAUUAUGGUGUUUGAGUACAUGAAGCAUGGCGACCUCAACAAGUUCCUCAGGGCUCAUGGUCCUGAUGCAGUUCUGAUGGCUGACGGACAGGUGCAGCAGCAGGCAGAGCUCACUCAGUCUCAGAUGCUGCAUAUUGCGCAGCAGAUCGCCGCAGGCAUGGUGUAUCUGGCAUCCCAGCACUUUGUUCACAGAGACCUGGCCACACGAAACUGCCUAGUCGGGGAGAAUCUCCUGGUGAAGAUUGGAGACUUUGGAAUGUCCCGAGAUGUCUACAGUACGGAUUACUACCGGGUUGGAGGUCACACCAUGCUGCCAAUCCGCUGGAUGCCACCAGAAAGUAUCAUGUAUAGGAAGUUCACCACAGAGAGUGAUGUCUGGAGUCUGGGAGUGGUGCUGUGGGAGAUCUUUACCUAUGGGAAACAGCCCUGGUACCAACUGUCAAAUAAUGAGGUGAUUGAGUGUAUCACCCAAGGCCGUGUACUGCAGCGACCCCGAACCUGUCCAAAGGAGGUGUAUGACUUGAUGCUGGGAUGCUGGCAGAGAGAACCGCAUACCCGACUCAACAUUAAAGAGAUCCAUAACCUUCUCCUCAACCUGGCCAAGGCAUCACCGGUGUAUCUGGACAUCCUGGGAUGAGAGAGCAUGUGCCACGUGUAGGACUGCGAGUGGAUUCCUGAAACUGCCUCCCUCCUCUAUCACACCCAAAAUCUCAUUCUUCUACAGCUUUAACACCUUAUUCCUUGCCCUUCUCCUCAUCGACUGCUCCCCUUCUCAAUGUAAACUUCUAGAUACACUGGCAACAAGAUUGUGUACAGUGACUAUGAAUUAUGUAUUUCUUAACAAAAAUGGAUUGAAUGGAAAGAGCCGUACUCAAGUGACAAUAGUUUUGCUUACAGAGAACAAAAUCCCCAAUGGUUGACCAUCCUAAACUUCUGGACCAAAUUCACACCUGCAAAUUCCAGUUCAGUGAAUAAAUGCAUUGGGGACUUGAGGAAGGGUGUCCAUCCGAACAAAGAGGAAAUAGCAGCUCCGAAAAAUGACCAAACACAACUGAGAAGAGAAAUAAGCAACUUUUCUGCCCACUGGACAGAUUUGGUCCUUUCAGCUCCCAUUUGUUACAUCAUACAUCUGAUACAAAGCACAGAAUGUGAAACUAGCAUGGUGAUCAACAGUGACAAACUGCAACAAUAUCUAUACAUGUGUGUUUAUAGACCUGGACGUUACCAAUGUAGUUUCACAGUUGAGCGACUCUAAUUAAAUGCUUCUGGAUGCUGACAGGAUGUUGUUGCUGCCGAGCUAAUCUGAAAUGCAAAGUAUCCCAUUAAAAUGUGUUUCACUGUUAUUUAUAGUCGGACAUGUCUCCACUACUUUUGUCAUAGCCGAUUUUGUCCCACCACUUUACGCAGCAGGAUUAUGUCCAGUGCAGUGAAUGCAUCCAGUUGUCAAGCAGGGGUUUACAUUUUGUUAGUAUGAGUAGCGAUCUGUUGGUGGAAUUAGAUAUGAUGUAUGAUUUUUGGACAUUUUUAAUCAAUGUCAUUUUUCACAUUUCAGUUCUGACUUGGAAACGAGCAGAUGCUCUACUGCUGACCUGAUUUCCAGAUCGAUGCUUCAUUUUUGUAAGAUCAUGUUAAAUUAUUUGUGCUUAACCUUAUUAAUAUUCAUAAGCUAAGCCUUUGCCACUUUGUGAUGUCACAACCGGUGUGUCUGUUUUCCGCCCCUGUGCCCUCCACCAAAAUCAACGGCCAUAGUCUUCAGGUCUGUACACGACAUGCACCAUUAAGGGCUAGAUGGAGUCAUUCGAGACGAGGCCAUGCCUCAAUACCAUCAGCUUGCAUUUCUUAAAGGAGCUUAAUUACGCAGAGUGGCCGAUUAUGAUGGUGCGGGCUGAAUUACGACCUUUCUUUCUCUCUUUCUCGUUCGCUGUGUUUUACUACUGAGUUGAAGCACUAAUGUAGUACUCAAGCUUCGGGUCGUACAACUGCUAUAGUGUAAUAUAUAUUUCAUUACAGGACAAAUGUCUCCUAUUAGCAGCAACUCCCUCUAGACUCAUAUACGCUAUCAGUGGGGAGAAGAGGAGAGACGGGAGGGGACAGGAUGGAGGGAACGAGACGAGGGGAGGAAAAUAGUGUUAAAGAGAGAUAAACCUCACUAAAACCCACAUUUCUUCUUCCUUUUAUCAUAUAUAAAUGAUCAUAUCUAUCACUAUAGAGAUCCUAUCAAAGCAUCGUUUUUGUGUGCGUUGAUUAUUGCGCUGUCAAUCUCCCAUAGAAGACUUUACUUAAUGCCGUGAAUCAGUCAAACAAAUAUCUUCCAAAAAAUUCAUUUUGUGAGCGUAAAACAAGAAAAAUUGUUUACACAAACUUGUUUGGAGUUAAUUACUUUUUUGGAAUAGUCUUGCAGACAUGUAACUUUUAAUUUUAUAUCUAAUUUAUUUUGUACUUAAUGUGAAGCACUUUUGUGUUUGCCUGUAAAUUAUUUUAUUUAUGUAAAAAUAAUUAUUAUUAAUUUAUUUUUUUCCUGUUUGGUUGAGAGUGAAUGUAGAAAGGUCUCUGGGUUCGAGGUUGAGGAAUGGGAUGUAUUAAUGAAAAAAAUUAUAUAAAGAUUACUUAUUUUGGGGUAAACAUUGAGAAAACUCUACAUUAAAGGUUACAUUGACUACAAAAACAAUGAAGCCUAAUUUUGGAUUGUGACCAUUUUUCAUGACCAUUAAGAACAUUUUCUCAAAUGCUCAUUAACAUAUUUUUUUUUUCUGUUGAACUUUUCUAAUGCAGUCUUUUUUUUUUUUACUGAAGAACAAAAUUUAAAUUAGCAUUUCUUUUAAAACAGUACAACAAACUACCAUGAAGUAUGAAUAUUGAAAUGUAUAUGUACAUGGAAAUGUGAUAAAAUCUGCUUAAUUGUCAUGGAAAUAAUGCCACAAUGCAACUUCUUAUUUUCAUGAGGUCAUUCAAACAGAUGAAAAAAUAUGUUUAUCAAUAUGGAUGGGGAGUUUCAGUGGUAAAAAUCUCCAAGCGUCCUGCGACAGAACAAUAAACUGUGACUGCAUAUCAAAUACUGUCUUCUACAUGUACAGAACUUCUUCGGAUGUUUCAGAAUGUCUAUAAGCUAAACUAGUCCACAUUUAAACCACCUGACAAAUAUUGAAGUCAACAUGGCAGCAAAAUUGAUCAACUUUACUUUCUUAAACUUUCCUAGUCUGAAACAACUUUCCUUUUCUGUUCACCAGUUUACAGAAGUAAAAUGAUUUGCAAAGGCUGUUUCGUGUUGACUUUGAAUCCAACAUUCCUAAGUCACUUUUCCCCCUAGUAUACUUUUCUUGAUAGUUUUUUAAUGAUACAUGGCUACUGACACCUGGAAAGAAGAUUUCUGCAAAAAGCAUCAAGUCGUGUGUGAUAAUUUCAUUUAUGGAAUUAUACAUUUUAACACUCAGCUACAAAAGUACAAGCAAAGUCCUUGUCUGUAUGAUUUCCCUGAGGUAUAUGGACCAGUCAAGUUGUCCGCCAUUGUAUUUAAUAAAAGUGUAA